CAAUGUUGGCUGCUUGAGAAGCAUAACCUCAAAUAUUUUCUCAGUGUGUAUCGUGAGGAUUCACAGUGUAAACGUGUAAUCAAGCGAGCCAUGGAAAGCAGAGAGGACACAAUCAGAGUGAAAAAAGAGCCAAAUGAUACCUGGCCUGAUGCAGGCGACAAUUAUAAUUCCGAUUCAGUGAACUUUCAAACAUUGGGGUUUAAUGAAUCAUCGGCAAAUCACAUUAAUGAGGCUAUUGAGUUACCCAAAAAGUUAGAUGAAGAAAUAAUCAUAGAUGUAGAGUACAAAGAUGUUAAACCGGAACGUAUUCUUAGAACUAUCUGCAAAACUGAAUAUGAAAGUUGUCUACCUAUAGUGGAAAUAAAAAACGAAAUUCAAACUAAUGAUUUCAAUGAUAAUCUAGGUAUGAUCAUUUCGAUAAAAAAAGAAUUAGAUUAUGACGAUAGCUGUCAAUUACAAGAAAAUUCGCGAUUGAAUCAUGAAGAAAAAGCGAAUAUAAAAACAGAUACUGAAACGUCACAUAAUAGCAUUAAAUCUUAUGAAUGCGCAAUUUGUCACAAAUCGUUUGGACAGAAAGGUAACCUCAAAAAGCACACAAAUUCAGUACAUAAUCGGAGCAAACCUUUCGAAUGUGAUAUCUGUCAUGAAUCAUUUGGAUAUCAGGUUCAACUCAAAGGACACGCUUUCAAAGUACAUAAUCUUAGCAAACCUUUUGAGUGUGAAACUUGCUGCAAAUCAUUUGGAUACCAGCAAACCUUGAAAAAUCACAUUAUUAGAUUUCAUGAUCUAGACAAACUCCUGGAAUGUCAGAUUUGUCACAAAUCAUUUGGACUAAAAUACAAUCUCAAAGUUCACGUAAAUUCAGUGCAUAAUCGUAGUAAACCCUUUGAAUGUGAUAUCUGUCACAAAUCAUUUGCAUACAAGUGGGUACUUAAAACCCAUGUUAUGACAGUACAUAAUCGUAUAAAACUCUUUGAGUGUGAGAUUUGUCACAAAUCCUUUGGCUAUAAGAGUGGCCUCAAUAAACACAUAAAUUCAGUACAUAAUCUAAGCAAACCUUUUGAAUGUGAUAUCUGUCACAAAUCAUUUGGACGAAAAUAUAAUCUUAGUACUCAUAGAAAUGCAGUACACAAUCAGAGCAAACCCUUUGAGUGUGAGAUUUGUCACAAAUCCUUUGGCUAUAAGAGUGACCUCAAUAAACACAUAAAUUCAGUACAUAAUCAAAGCAAACCUUUUGUAUGUGAUAUCUGUCACAAAUCAUUUGGAUUUCAGAGUGCCCUUAAAAGGCACAUAAUGACAAUACAUAAUCGGCGAAAAUCAUUCGAAUGUGCCAUUCUUCAGAAAUGAUUUUUCCCUCAAGGAUACUCUAAAAACUCUCAUAAGUAAAGUACAUAA